AUGCACUUGACUCGACGUCGCCAUGCCGCCGAAGAGAAGAUACCGCUCUGUGUUCAAUGUUCGCCUGCCGAGGUCCAAACCGUCGGACCACCCCGACCACCCCGACUUCGACCUGCAGGAUGCCUUUCUGCCUAUCAACUACUCAACCCCCUACAGAACCUUCGUCGACAAAGGUGGUCGUAAAAGGAAAAAGAAAGAGCCACCCAAUGCGAGCUCGUCAACAGCACCCACGCCCACGUCCACGUCCAGCUCCGCGUCGUCCACAUUGCCCCCCCCACAACACGAACUCAUCCCAGGCGCUUCGGCCUCACAUUACGCUCGUGGAAGCGACAUCACGCAACAAGAUCUGGACGACUUUGGGCAGGAAGGAGUGUGGGUGGAUGAGGAGGACUUAGGUGGGAUGGACCUUGCGUCGGAAAACGCGCUGGAAUCGACUGUUUACACCCGUGUCGACAACUCCGACUCACCCCCACGCCCCACCUACCGACAACUCUACGUCACUCCGCCCAACACUGCCAGACGAGAAGGCUAUCUCAAGUACAUCACGCUUGACGCUGAGCUUCGGAAAUCGCUCCGUGCCAAGCUGUUUGGGCGCUUCCUCGAGUUUCGCCGCGACAGCAAGCUCCAUCUACGACCGCUCGUAUCGGAAGACGAUCUCGAUGACCACGAUGCUCCGCCGCCAUGUGCGUGCAAUUGCAUACUCACCCGCGAGAUCAUCUUGUACGAUGUGACGGCAUGUACGUGAUAAGGCAGCUCAGCUUCACUGUCCCCGGGUUCAGUCACGAACCGAGCACUGAUGCGUGUCUCCCUCUUUACCUGUGCCUUCAGUCUACAAAUUGCAGGUCACCUUCUGUGCCUCCGAGUCGCGGUGUGCUACGGACGUCGAACGCUUGGCCCAACUAGGGUUCAUCUCUUCGACCGCUUCAAUGCCGAUGACCGCCUUCUCAUUUCGACUGGUCGAGCAGGCCCACGCGAGCUGGAAGGUCAGCCCCCGCGCUCUCACCGGCUAUGCGGACGGCCUCAAAGAGUAUUACUCCGGUUGUGGGUGGGGUCGAGGUCACUACACGGGACAUCCUUGGGUGAGUUUAGACGGCGCCAUCAUUUUAGGGGCACAUGCUUAAAUCCUGCCUUCCACGCAUGCAGGACAAAGACCUUCGGAAGCAACUGCAAAGGGCGAUCGACGAGUACCGCGCUCUCGUAACAUGCGAGAAGGACAGCGGCGACCUUCUCGUAGGCACCGUCGAUUCGUAUCGCGUGCUUCGGGCCAACGCGACUUAAUCAACCUUGUCACCACGUCACAUUGGAUUGCGUGCUUGCAUACGACGGCAACUUUCAGCAAACGCGUGAGAAAAACUCGAAGCACGACGUCCAAGGAAUCGUUCCGGACAUUUUCUUGGCUGAGGAAGAGGUUCAGGCGAUGAAGGCCGAGGUUGAAGCUUCGGUGCGGCCGACCAAAAAGGUGAGUAAUGCUGCUCUUUGCAUUUGCCUUAAUGGGAUCGCUUACCUCUACACCCACCCACCGUCAUAGGCGUGCACAGAGUCGUGGAAGGCUGCCGACGACGGAGCUGGCUCAACCUCGUCACGAGUAGUCGACACUGGACUCGUUGCCUGCGUAUGCCGUCAUGAUGUAAACCUGAAAAUGGUCAAUCUUGAGAGGUCUGGUGAAAAGUGAGCGCAGAGCUGUCUGGUUGGGACGUAGUCGCUUCCGCUUUCCUCUCCCAGUACUAAUGCGCAUAUUCCCCUCCGACCGCUCAGAUUAUACUAUGCGCUUGCCAUCCUCAAGUGCAUCUCAGAGCGCCUUCCUGAAAACGCCAAGAUUGGAGUCUUAUACGACAUUGCUCGUAACUUCAAGCACCACAUUGAAAAGGUAUGCUUCGAUCACGACGCGUCCCUUCCUCCUCAGUCUCGUUGGCACAGACCAAAUGCGCCUACUUUCCUAUCAUUUGUCACCCGAGGCAGCUCCUGCCAAAACUUUUCAAGCGACUGGAGUUCGCCACGAGCGUCUUCCAUGCAUACGCCCAUAUCUGGUCCUGCCAAGUCGAGUUCAACCCCCGCCUCAUUCCGAACUUCGGGUUGACUGAUGGAGAGGGCUGUGAGCGAUUGUGGAGCGGGCUACGGUCGCUCAUUCCGAGGAGUAGCAGCUGUGCGCGCCAAGGCUCGAGUCGGUGAGGAGGAAGCGCGGAUCGGCGCCGAGGUGCGGCAAGCUUUGGCUUGGAUCGAAGAUGAAAAGACUCGUAUCACUAGUUGCCAAACACUUUAGACUAAAGUGUCGGGUAAGUUUUCGAUACAGCGUGCUCCAUAUCACCUCUUAUGUCGCCCUGACAUCUUUCAAACCAUCCCAACAGAUACCCUUUCUGAAUCGAUCGACCCAGCUGAUGCCAAGUCCAUAUUCGGCACUGAAGAUGUUGAAGAGAUCCGAGGCCGCGCGCUCAUCAUACUGGAUCGCCGGAUGGAGCUUCUGCAGCUGCGCGAAUGUUCUUGGUCCCAGAACGACCAUUUCUUUGAUGUUUGGCUCGAGACUCGCGGGCAGUCAGAGGGCCAGUCCGAGCCCAUGCCUCCUGCACUGUCAGAACUUCGUGGUUUACAUCAACGAUUGAACGCAACGGGAAGAACUGUCAAGAAGGCGAAACAUCACCAGCGACCUGUACAUAAUCGAUCGGGAACACGCGGUUCUAUGGGGACAUCUGGCCUCGACGACUCGGCGGGGCCUCCACCGCUGGCCCGUGAUGUUCAGCAAGUGCGGGCCAUUGAGGCGCAGAUGGAUAUGAGCGACGGAGCUGAACUCGCAAAUGAGGUGGGGCCUCUCUCCGCACAACUCCUCGAGCAGGACGGUGAGAUGGGCAGCUCUUCGGAUGAAAGCUACGGCGAUGACUUUGCUGGUCAGGAAGACGAAUACUUCUCGGACGUUUAG